UUUGGAGGCAAAAUCUAAUGUCAAAUUGUUUAUUGUUAGUAUUUCACCUGUGAAGAGUUUUUUUUCUCAACAAUAGUUUUAUGUGAAACUGCGUAUAUCUUUAGUUUCACAAUAAAAAUGGUACAAACACGGCGUAGAAAAGCGGCAAAUAAAACACCUGUUAAAACAAUAAAACGGGACAAAGCCGUUGGAAAAUCGAAAAAAGCACAAAAUAAUUUUGAUCGAUGCAAAAAUUGGAUUCAACAACAGAAAAAAGAGAAAACCAAAAUUCAACCAGAACAAUUGGAUUCAAAUGAUUCAGACGAAGAACAAAGAGACGUUAAUUUGGCGCCAAUUUCGGAUGCCCAAGACAAUGAAGAAAAUGUUAAGCAAAUUGUCUUGUCUUGUUGUGAAUGGCAACGAUGUAAUCGAUUGUUUGAUAAACAUACGGAGUUUUGUGAACAUGUUUUGAGCCAUUUGCAGCCGACUGCCGAGAUAUUCAAAUGUGAAUGGGAUCUGUGUGGAAUUGAAUGCGAUGAUUUUGUAAUUUUCAAACGGCACGUUGGAUAUCAUUGUUAUAUGACACGCUUGAAAACCGUUGGCGAACAACUAUUGAUCAAGAGACCAAUGCCAGCGUGUUUGAUUUCAUCACGUGGACGGAAUUUAAUUCCGGCCACCGACUCGAAGUACGUUUGCAUGUGGAAAGAUUGCAGCUAUACAUUCGAUAUGGUGGAAGAUUUUUACUCACACGCAUAUUCACAUUGUGUGCAUGAGCUCGAGUUCAAUAAGCAGGGCAAUCGAAAUAAACCAGUUCAAUGCCAAUGGGUUUCGUGUAAGAGAAUGUUUAAUAAAAGGCUGAAAAUGACGGAUCACAUGCGAACACAUACGGGUGAACGAUUCGUCGCGUGUUUAAAUUGUGGCCAAACAAUAAAUUCGUAUGCAAAAUUCUACGAUCAUUUUCGGCGUCAGGCUUUAAACAAGAAUUACAAGUGUGAUCACUGUUUUCAAACUUUUCACACCGAAGAAUUGUUGAAUAAUCACACAUCGGCCCAUGUAAAUCGUGUGAAAUGCACGGAAUGCGAUAUGACAUGCCCAUCGAAUGCAGCUCUUGUCCAACAUUUUCGCUAUCGUCAUUUGAACGAACGUCCAUUUAAAUGUAGCGAAUGUGAUUAUGCGGCGGUUACAAAAUGGGAUUUGAAUAAGCAUCAAUCGAGAAAGCACAACAUCGAGCAAACAACAUAUUUUUGUGAAGAGUGUGAUUUUACAUGUUUGACAAUAAAUCAAUGGCGAAAACAUUCGCGCGACGAGCAUGGCGAUGGGCCAAAUCUAUAUUGUUGUCAUUGUUGCGAACGACAAUACAAAAGCGGUGCAUCGCUCUCGCGACAUUUAAGAAAGAGUCAUGGAUUUCGAUUGCCGUCUGGUCACAUACGAUUUACCUUUCAACUGUGCGAUGAUGGCAUAUACCGUGUACAGCAAACUCGAAUGGAAACAGAAUUUGUGUCAAAACAAAUUUCAAUGGCAACGCAUGCAAAAGAUGUGUCAAUAAAUAAAAAUGUCACAUAUUCGCUGAGUGAAUUUAAGGAAACCACUGAUGGCAUACAGAUGUCAGUAAUUGAAACUGAGAAACAGAAUGAAAUACCGACGAUGGUCAAACCAGCAACGGAAAAUAAUAAACUUGAACCCAAAUCACGAAAUGCAGAUCAAUCGACGAAAAUGGCACCCGCUCAAUAUGAGAUCGAUUCAAGCACAUUUGAAUUUAUGGAAUGUUUGAAUUUGAAAAGCAAUCAUGGCGAGUUGAAAAACAUCGAUAAUUUCUCUGUGAUCAAGAAAUAUGCGAAGAAAAAACGACAAAAGAGUCAACGCAUCACAUAUAUUAUUGAAGAAUUCGACGAGCAAGGGAACAUGAUUAAAACUCAAACUCUACCAUGUGAUACUGAAAUAGAUACAUCCGACUAAUCGGAACUAUUUUAUGUUUCUCCUUAUUUACAGGAAUGUUUUAUAUGAUUUCAAUUAUUAUUUGAAAUAAUUAUUUUUAUGAUUUUAUAUGAUUUCAAUUAUUAUUUUAUUUUAUGUAAUUUUUUGAAUGUAUGAUUAAUUGAUGAUGUUUGUUAGUUGACAUUGUUGUUUUGGUCCGGCGGUCUUAACAAUGAAACUGGCAAUGGUACAUCAAAGAUCCGGCAAAGUCCUAUGUAAUUUAAAGCAAAUACAUUAAAUAAUGAAUAUUCUGUU